UAAAGAUUUCAAGAUUCACCACCAAAAUGAAAUGCGAUUCAUCUGAGCUCAUUUCGUAACUUCCUCACUUUUUCCUAUUACGUACUUACGAUGGCGGAAUAUGGUAAUGAUAGGCAAAAGAAACGUCGACUUACAAAAGAUGGCGAUUACGUGGAUACAUCAAAGCCGACUGCUUUCUUCAAGCCAUCCAGAGGUCGAGACUGGACUCUUUCAGUAGCUAUCCCCGGAAGCGUAUUAUCAACUUGUCGUCGUGAUGACCAACGCACUGGCAUUAUUUCACACAUAGCACGUGCCCUUGCUGUCUUCAGCAUAGAUGAAGUCAUCAUCUUUGAUGACUCUCAUCCAGAUACCCGAGCUAAAAAUGUCGAUCCGGCUAGCUACACGGGUGAUGUAGACCCGUGCGGGUAUAUUGAUCAUCUUCUACAGUAUCUAGAGAUGCCACCUUUUAUGCGCAGAACCUUGCUACCGAUACAUCCCAACUUAAAGCAGGCUGGUCUCAUGGCGAGCUUGGAUAUACCUUCGCACCCUCAUCAAACUGACUGGUUACCUUACUGCGAAGGCGUAACUACAACAGGGAUGCCAAAGGGUGGGAAGGGUACUCUCGUCGACGUUGGGAGAAAGGAACCAGUUACUAUUAGUCACGAGGUACCGCCCAAGACCCGUAUCACUGUUCAGAUCGACGAGAGCGACCCGUCAAAGGCAGAACCGGUGGAUCCUAGUGCGCCGCGCACAGAAGGUGGCUACUAUUGGGGCUACUCUGUGAGGCGCUGCGGCUCACUUGCCACUGUCUUUGAAGAGUGUGCUUACGAAGGAGGAUAUGAUCUGAGCAUCGGCACAUCAGAACGCGGUCUCUCUAUACCCGAGGCCUUUCCGGAUAAGAAGAAAAGGGACUGCGUAAGCUUCCAACAUCUCCUCAUUGUCUUCGGUGGUCCUCGAGGUCUCGAAUAUGCAGCAGAAAACGACCCAGAGUUAAACGGCAUGGGAAUUGUGAAGGGGAGAACGAAAGAGUUAUUCGAUCACUGGGUCAACAUCCUGCCGGGACAGGGAAGUAGAACGAUUAGAACAGAUGAGGCUUUAUUCAUUGGAUUGGCAGGUCUGAGAAAGCUUUGGGAUGGGAAAUAAGCGACUGGGCAAUUGUUAGGAACCCUAGAGCAACAGCAAUUGCAUUUUGACGGGACGUGGCCCAAUCGUCGUGAAGUCAAUAUCAUCAACUUUCAGCUCCCAUCCCUUUCCCCUGAACCUCUUGGGCCAUAUGCCGUUCCUGCCCGGGGCGAGAAUCCCGUUCGGGUCUAAUACAUCCUUAAUCGUCUCAUUGAAACGCAUAAACGCCGAAUUAUUCCAGUUGUAUGUACUAGCUACCUGAUCGGCGAACAGGAGAUGCGUGCGAUAUUCACCAAAUCCCCUCGCGGCGCACUGAUCUAUCAUCUCACGCAUGAGAC